GAUUCACAGAGCAGGCAAGGAGGUUAUAGUAUGCAUCAGCUUCAGGGGAAUAAGGAAUAUGGCAGUGAGAAGAAAGGUUACCUUUUAAAGAAGAGUGAUGGGUUAAGGAAAGUAUGGCAAAGAAGAAAGUGCACUGUUAAAAACGGAAUUCUUACCAUAUCACAUGCAACGUCCAACAGGCAGCCAGCUAAACUGAAUUUAUUGACCUGCCAGGUGAAGCCAAAUGCUGAAGAUAAGAAGUCUUUUGAUCUAAUAUCACAUAACAGAACGUACCACUUUCAAGCAGAAGAUGAACAGGAAUACGUAGCAUGGAUAUCGGUACUGACUAACAGCAAAGAAGAAGCAUUAAAUAUGGCGUUCCGUGGGGAGCAGAGCACAGGGGAGAACAGUUUAGAGGAUCUGACAAAAGCCAUUAUUGAUGACAUACAGAGAUUACCCGGCAAUGAAGUCUGUUGUGAUUGUGGCUCACCAGAUCCAACAUGGCUGUCAACUAAUUUGGGCAUUUUAACCUGCAUUGAGUGUUCUGGAAUACACAGAGAAAUGGGUGUCCAUAUUUCUCGAAUCCAGUCUUUGGAAUUAGACAAAUUAGGAACGUCUGAACUCUUGCUGGCCAAGAAUGUAGGAAAUACUAGUUUUAAUGAUAUUAUGGAAGGGAAUUUACCUAGUCCUUCACCUAAACCCAGUCCAUCAAGUGAUAUGACUGCACGUAAAGAAUAUAUCACUGCUAAAUAUGUAGAUCAUAAGUUCUCUAGGAAGACUUGUGCAUCUGCAGCAGCUAAACUGAAUGAAUUACUUGAGGCUGUCAAAUCCAGGGAUUUACUUGCACUAAUUCAAGUCUAUGCAGAGGGGGUAGAGCUAAUGGAGCCACUGUUAGAGCCUGGACAG